GCCCAGCAACGCGCCCGGCCACUUCCAUGGCAACUGCUGGGCCGAGGGUCACUUCCGGGUGACCCGGAAGGUGUUCUGGGCAUUUACUUUUCAAUCCCCCACCCCCCCACUUCUCCCGCCCGGUUCGUUUUCAUUGGCUCCCAUGAAUGGCAAGGAUCCAACCACACUUCAAUGGACCCCCAGGGUAUCUUGAAGGCGUUUCCCAAGCGAAAGAAAAUCCAUGCAGAGUCAUCAUCAAAAGCACUUGCGAAGAUUCCCAGAAGGGAAGCGGGAGAAGCUGGAGAAUGGCUGAGCUCCUUGAAGGCUCACAUUAUGCCCACCGGCAUUGGGCGAGCCCGGGCUGAGCUCUUUGAAAAGCAGAUUAUCCAUCAUGGCGGCCAGGUGUGCUCUGCCCAGGCCCCAGGAGUCACUCACAUUGUGGUGGAUGAAAACAUGGACUGUCAGCGUGCUCUCCGACUCCUCAGACUGCCCCGGCUACCCCCCAGUGUUCAGCUGGUGAAGUCAGCCUGGCUGAGCUUGUGCCUGCAGGAGAGAAGGCUGAUGGACACGGCCGGAUUCAGCCUUUCCCUGCCCAAGAGUUCCUUGGACCAAGCCCAGCCCAGCAAGGCAGACCGAGGCUCUUCUGCCCCUGACCCCCAGGAGGCCGCAUCCAGGACGACCCUCUCUCUUCCCUCUCCUCACACCGGAACUGCAUCUCCUCCUCCAAAGGCAGAAAAAGCACCAAGAACCCCAGCGCAGCUCAGUUCAGAUGAUGAAACCAGUGAUGAGGAAGGACCCCAGGUUAGCUCAGCAGAUCUGGAAGCCUUGAUCAGUGGGCACUAUCCCACUUCCCCUGAGGAAAAUGGUGGACCUGACCCAGCCCCAGAAGCCCUGGAGAAGUGGGUCUGUGCACAGCCCUCGAGCCAGAAGACAACUAAUUACAACCUGCAUAUCACAGAGAAGCUAGAAGUUCUGGCUAAAGCCUACAGUGUCCAGGGAGACAAGUGGAGGGCCCUGGGCUACGCCAAGGCCAUCAAUGCCCUCAAGAGCUUCCACAAGCCUGUGAGCUCCUACCAGGAGGCCUGCAGCAUCCCAGGGAUUGGCAAGCGGAUGGCUGAGAAGAUCCUGGAGAUCCUGGAGAGCGGGCAUCUGCGGAAGCUCGACCACAUCAGUGACAGUGUGCCUGUCUUGGAGCUCUUCUCCAACAUCUGGGGAGCUGGGACCAAGACUGCCCAGAUGUGGUACCAUCAGGGUUUCCGGAACCUAGACGACAUCCGCAGCCUGAGCUCCCUGACUGCUCAGCAGGCCAUUGGUUUGAAGCACUAUGACGACUUCCUGGACCGCAUGCCCCGGGAGGAGGCUGCGGAGAUUGAGCAGACAGUCCGGCUGUCAGCCCAGGCCUUCAAUCCCGGGCUGCUGUGUGUGGCCUGUGGCUCUUACCGAAGGGGGAAGGUGACCUGCGGGGACGUGGAUGUGCUUAUCACUCACCCAGAUGGCCGGUCCCACCAGGGCAUCUUCAGCCGCCUCCUGGACAGCCUUCGGCAGCAAGGGUUCCUCACAGAUGACUUGGUGAGCCAGGAGGACAAUGGCCAGCAGCAGAAGUACUUGGGAGUGUGCCGGCUUCCGGGGCCCGGGCGGCGGCACCGGCGGCUGGACAUUAUCGUCGUGCCCUACAGUGAGUUCGCCUGUGCCCUGCUCUACUUCACUGGCUCCGCUCACUUCAACCGGUCCAUGCGAGCUCUGGCCAAGACCAAGGGCAUGAGCCUGUCCGAGCACGCCCUCAGCGCAGCUGUGGUCCGCAACAGCCAAGGUGUCAAGGUGGGGUCUGGGCGAGUGCUGCCCACCCCCACAGAGAAGGAUGUCUUCCGGCUCUUAGGCCUGCCCUACCGAGAGCCGGCUGAGCGGGACUGGUGACCUAAGCUUGGGCGAGGCAGCCAUGCUUUGUGCGUGCCUCACCCGGCCAUCCACGACCGCUCUAGCUUUGCCCAGCUUAGCCAGGCUCCUCCAGUCACCCGCUGCCCUUAGUGAGCCAAGCCGGGAGGUUUGGGCCUGCGGGAAAGAGCCAGGCUGACAGGGGGAGUCUGCAAGCCCUCCCCUGGACGGGAUGAUGUCUGCUGCUGACCCCUCCGCCUCACCGCUGCUCCUAGUAACGCUCAAGCAGAACAGGUGGCUGCUUUCAAGCCAGUUUCCUGUGCUCAAGGCGUAGGCUCCCCUUCCACCCCAAGACAGAUCGGGAUGCUGGGAAUCGGGGAGAGGCCGGGGGUGGGGAAGAGGGAAGCCCCUGUGGGUUCAGCAUCUUCUAGACCCUUCACGGUAGGAGGAAGCCGUGCGGAUCCCCUCACCCACUCACUUCCUGUGCAGCUGGAGCUGCGGGGGGUGGCCUGCCCAGACUGUGAGGACUGCUUCUGAAGGCCCUGGGGCCCAGUAAAGCGCUUCUGACAUUC